AUGUGUUGGGCCACUUUUGCUCUGUUUUGGACGUUUUCCAAACACUGGACGACGACCGUCUCAGCGUUCGGAAUUGUCCCUUCCGCUUCCCGUGACAGGCUUGCAACAACCAGUACGCACUUUGAGGCGGUAGGGACACCAUACGAUUCCCACAAUGUACGCCGUUUGCUGCUGCAAUCCGCAGGCGCCGUUGUGGCGGUGGCAGUGGGCGCUCCAUCGGUCGCAAUCGCGGCGGCGAAACAGCAACAACCCCUCGACGAACUCUUGUACCGCAUCGUGAGAGUACGCGAAGCCACACAACAAGAAGCCCGACUCAUCAAGAACGGAAAAUUCAAAGACGUCCAACGUGCCAACGUCAAGUUGGCCGUCAAGUUCAUGGUCCAGAAUUAUCGACUGAACGACGCCUUCGUCGGAGCGAGUAGCUACCUCGACGGCAAUGAUCGUAGGGUACAGGCGGGUCAAGUGGGACAAACAGUUGUGCAGAAUCUUCAAACCAUUUUGGAAUAUUUCGAUUCUUCGGAUGUGCAAAAUCUAAAGGUCGGAAGCAUGGAUGGAAUGUCUGGCAAGGAAGCACUUGUACUAAAGGGGCUAGACUCCACCCGCAAGAGUAUCGACGACUUUUUGGCAUUUUUUCCUGCCGCAGAAGUAGAGCAGGUCAAGAAGCGAGUACAGGAGGAGAACGAACUCAACGUGAAGGAAUUCGACAGUUCGCUCGGAACCAUCGUCAAUCUGCCUCCUCCAUCCUAA